GUCGCUCGGCGAAAGAUGUCGCGAGAAACGUCGAAACCGAGGCGUCUCCCGAGCUGCCAACAGCCGACCGGCGCGGCGAGCGCACAAAAGCCGGCCCGCUCUGGGGAGUCCCGAGGAACGUCGCUGCGGACUAAAUUUAGAAGUUCACUUUCUCGCGGUCUGGUCGCGCAGUCGCGCACCCGUAAUUCCCCGCGAUCGAACUCCGCGGGAAAAGAAUCGGCAAGUCGAGGUAUUCCCAAGUACGGCAACCGCGCUGGAGAUGAGCGAGGAAGUGCCUCGACUACCUCGUCUCGAGAGGAUACCACGGCGGAGCGGCGUUCGUCCUCGGCUGCGACGCAGUAUCGCCGCGGGUCUGGCGAUAACACAGUGAGCCACGAUGGAGGACAUCAUCGCGCGGGACCCGUCGCGUCCUUGGCGCAAUCGGAGUCCGCUGCCGCCGGAAAGCCAGCGGAAGAGUCCUCGUCGAUAUUCGAGAUGAGCCUGCCUGUCACUACCUUCAGGCUGGAGGAGAUGGUUUAUAGGGGAGAAGGAAACGCCAAUAUCGUGAUCGCGCUGCCGCAGGAACGCAAGGUAAUACGAUUCCGGAAGUCGCCGCCGGGCGAGGUUUCACCGGAUGGCGGCGAAUUGCGCGCGCUGCGGGAGCUGGGCUUCGCCAGGAGCGUGGUUUCCCGUUUCUUCGGGCCUUACGUGCACAUACCCGAAAUCGUCCGCUACGACGCGACCGACAUCGCGAGAUUGUCGGACGCCAUUCGCCAUCGCAGGCCAGAGGAGCGUCUGCACAAGGAGAUCACGGACACGUGCGCCAUGAAGUUCCCGGACUACGCGUUCUUGAACUCGCGUCUUCAAUUUGACGAGAGCUUUUUUCGAGGUCGCUCGUCGUUCUGCGUGGAGAUCAAGCCGAAGCAGGGCUACCUGCAGCAGGCGGAGCAGCAGAUCCCCAGGUGUCCGUAUUGUCUCAUCCAGUACGCCAAGCUGCGGCGGAAGAGCGUCUCAGCCCGCAGCAAUUACUGUCCGUUCGAUCUGUUCUCCGGAGUGGAAACGCGCAUGAAGGCCGCCGUGGAGGAGCUCUUGAAGUCGCCGCAGAACAACCUGAAGAUCUUCAGGGACGGUCUGGUCGUCUACGACCAAGAGUCCCAGCCGGGCGAUCUCGAGGACGUGUUGAGCCAAUGGUUUGGUCAGAGUGCGACGCCGUGUCGCAACAUCGACGAGUUCUGCAAUCUGAUGUACUCCGCCCUUACGCAACCCCUCGCCCAGGAACAGCUGAAGUCGUUGUUCGCCACCACACAUCCCGUUCGGCGUCUCCUCUUACCUACGAACCAAGUGCCGACGUUCUGCGCCGAGCCGAGCGCGGUCGCGAGAGCCGAGAGGUGUCUUCGUCUCGCGGGAAAGGUCUGUAAUUUCGACAGCGACGGUUUGCCGACAGGCUCCGUGCUGGAGCGAGUCUGGAAUAUCCAACGAUUGUCCUACACGAAUACCAACUACAUCCACAGCAUCUACUCGAAAUUUGCGCCGCUGCUGACUGACGAUAUGAUAUAUUCCGAUUUGACGAAGCUGCACGACUGCUACCUCUCCGCUAACGUCCCCCGACGCGUCUUAUCCGACGGACACACGAAUGCAGUCGUCCAAAAAACGCAGCCCACAAGAGGAGUAUACUUCCAGAGGCUAUUUAAGAGCGCCAUCGAGACGAAAUACGACGGCGAUCUGAAUGGAAAUUGCGGCGCUACCUGCUCGAAACGUAUCUUACCUGUUAAUAGCGACAAAACGUUCGUGAACGGCGGCUUCGUAUCGCAAACGGGAAUUAAUCCCAACUCAGAUUCGCAGCAGUCAUUCUAUGGGAGCAACGAGAGCCCGUAUCAGAUGGCCGACAACGAGGGUGACCAGCGAAAGGCGAAUGCAUCGAUCACCGCCGAGCACUUGUUGGCGUUACAAAAUUACCUUUUGUUCGCCGCAGUCAGAGAUUGUUCGAUAUUAAUGACCUUCCGCGAAUUGGAGCCGGAAAACGCAUGGAGAGUACCUACGGAAAACACGAUCAAGCUCUCGGAGCAGCUGUGCUUCUUGAGCAGCGUUAGAGUCUCGGACCUGGACCCGAAAAGUGUUCAUUCCAUCGAGAAACACCGACAACGAGACGUGGAUAUUUUCGAUGCUGUGAUUUCUUUGCUAGAAGAAGAAGAAGAUAUUUCCUUUAAGAAUAGAUAAGACCGCGCGGACGGGAAGCGACGCCGGCAAUAUAGAUAUAGUAUUUAACGAAGACGAAGGAUCUUCUAGACAGAAAGGAAAGGAAUAAACGAUAAAAGCGCAAGAUUGACCGAUGAAAAGUGACAACUGGCUUUGGAGCAAGCGAGAAUUUUUUAUUGGCGCGAACAAGAAACAUUGCCGUUACGUGGACGAACACUUCGAUCGACGAUCGCUCGUUGCUUUCAUUAGCUUAUGCAUUAGCAUAGGCAAGGCUUUUAUCGAUCAAUCUUGCGCUCAUUGUUUGUUUAAGAGUCAGCCAUUAAUAAUUAUGGAUAUAAGCGUAUAUACGCAUAAUUGACGACACGCUUACCGAUUACGAAGUCCGCCAUGGAUCCUUAUGUGAUCCUACUUCUUGUAUUGCUCAUGCGCGUUUAAAAGUGAGAAUAUUAAUACUACCGAGAUCGUCAAUUAGUGUAUAGUGAUACAGGUUGAUUUACCUUCUACCAUGUACGAUAUGUAAGGGAAAGUCAUGCGCAUACAAGUCGUACAAGUUCAACGAACAAACGAAUCACCUGUCCUUGAAGGCUGUAAAACUACUACUUAAUUUUAACUCUUUGCAGUCGGAUGCUUCGCGAGCUGAAUUCGUCGAAGCAGUUUUGCCUAGGGCUGAGAAGUGAUACGUUGUUUGUUAUCGUUAUAGAUCCCUUUCUUCAAUAACGAUCUGCUAAUAUGCCAAACGAAGCUGAAGUAUCAUUCUCCGCAAGUAGCUUUCACUAAAUCAGUCGAAUUUAUUGUAAGAUUUUCCAACAAAUUCGAAAUCAUUUGUCAUUCUCUUCGAAUCAUUGUCACUCGCAACAAUCUCGUUCAAGACAAUGAACGUUACAAGAUGUAGAAAGUGUCGUUCGAACGAAAUCAUAAAAAUUACAAGCAGAAAGUAGAACAGAAUAGACUGUCUACUAUUGUGUAAUACGGAUUCACUGUUGCGGUUUUAACGCGCAAAAGCGUUAUUGUGAAAAGAAGGUAUAAUCGUUUACGGCACAAAUGUUAUACGCACGUUUUUUCGUGAUUUCUCAUUACCACUCAGAUUAUACUUCUAUUUCGUUUGAUUUUUCGACGCGCGAAGCUGAUAAGCUUGUAGAGUGGGAAAGAAAUGUCACAGAUAGUCAAGAUUCAAAGUAACUCUCUAACUAAUCUGAGUGCGCGUAGAUCUCAUAGUCACAAGACUGACUUUUAAGUGGAUGCGAAGUUAGCAAGUUAUUUAAAUUGUGGAGCUUGCUAGCGCUUCCUCUUUAGAACGAAUAAGAACGAAUAUGAAAGCAAAUAGCUUGUAUAAAUAGCUUAGAACUGCAAAUAUACAAUCGCUUAUUCAAAAA